UGCCCGGACAGGCAACAUAAAUACAUGAAUAAGCAAACAUACAUAAAUUUAAAUCAAUCUACGUAUUAAUGUACGUAUAGCUGCAUAUGUACAUAUGUGUGUGUGUGUGUGCUAAUUACCAUAUGGCGCAUGAUACCUAUUUACAUACAAGUACUCGUACAUUAUUCUACUUGUAUGUAUGCGCAUGUACAGUUAGUGCAGAGAGUUUGCGAGAACGGUGCGAAGAAAACAAACAACAACAAGAAGAAGAAGAAGAGUGAAGAGUGAAGAAUAAUUAUGAAAGUGCAGCUAACAACAAUAUUAAUAAUAUGCAUCGAGCACCUGACAAAGGCAAUUGCCCAAGGCAUGCCCGUCAGCCCGUGUCCAAAAAUCUUUCAAUAUCGAUUCGAUGGCAGCGAGUGGUUUGGACUGAUCGCCGUGCGAAAUCCAGAUAUAGGGCAGGCUCUACAGAUACGCGUAAUAUUGUCAAUGCGCGGCAAGCCGACGACGCAUUAUCUCGGGGAAAUCGAAUUGCUAACUCGGGGACAGUUCGUGAGCAAUACACCUGUGCUCUAUAAAGUGCGUUUCCCAAAACAUCACUUCCCACCAAAACUGGUGCAAAUAUCGGCAAAUAAUCAAGUCAUUUGUUUUGGAUCUGCUGAUCACAGUAUUUUUAUGACCCAAAUUCAAUUGGAGCACAUAAGGAAGCUAACCUUUAUACCGGAUAAGCAGACAUCGGGCAUAAUGGGUCGGCCACCAUUGAUGAUGGGGGAAAUAGAAAAGCCAGCUGGGAAGGAGCUGCCUAUGCCAGCAAGCCACGAGUUUGGAUCGAAGCCACUUCCACACAUACACUUUAAGAAAAAACCCUUUCACUCACCCAAGGAAAUCUGUGGCACAAUUGACCGUAGUGUUAACUUUCAUUUGCCCUCACAUGCAAGGUCCUUGAACGACAGGAAGAAGUCGAGCCUGAAGAGUGCCAGCUCCGUUGGUGGUCUGGCUGGCAACGAUGAUGAUGAAUUCAACGCCGCUGACGUCAGUCAUUCGCCAACAUUUGCCUCCCUCAGCGACUAUGACAGCGAUGACAUAGAUUUCGAAAAGGAGGAGAACCACAGCCAGAGCCAGAGUCAGAGUCAGAGCCCAGUGGAACAGACAGCAGCAGACACAACAUUAUUUAUGGACAAUGGGAAUGCCUCGGCUGGCGUCGUCACUCUGCCGUCGAUAACACGCGGCGCUUGGCCCUGGCUGGCGGCAAUUUAUGUAAAUAAUCUUACAUCGCUGGACUACCAAUGUGGCGGUACUCUGGUCUCGACACGAGUUGUCAUAAGUUCCGCGCACUGCUUCCAAAUGUUCAAUAAACGCUACACAGCCAAUGAGGUGCUCGUCUUUCUGGGGCGACACAAUCUUAAGAACUGGAAUGAGGAGGGCUCCCUGGCAGCCCCGGUCGAUGGGAUUUACAUACACCCCGACUAUAACAGCCAGUUGAGUACAUAUGAUGCUGAUAUUGCCGUAAUUCUACUCAAGGACGAAGUGCGAUUUAAUACCUUUAUAAGACCUGUGUGUCUAUGGUCGGGUUCCAGCAAAUCGGAGUAUAUUGUUGGCGAGCAUGGCAUAGUCAUUGGCUGGAGCUUCAACAGAAUGAACAUCAGUGGGUCUUCACACAAGCACAGCACAGCUAGCAAAUCUGGUGCUGGUGCUGGUGCUGGUGCGAUCUCUGAGAACUCCAGCACUCCAAAGGUGGUGGAGGCACCCAUCGUAUCCAACGAGGAAUGCUUCAAGGCCAAUGCACAUUUUCGCAGUCUCUCGUCGAAUCGCACGUUCUGUGCGAGCAUUUUGCUGGAAUCCAAGCUCCAUAUACCAAGAGGCAAGGGAAGUUCAAGAUCUUCUGCCUGCCAGAGAUUCGAGAACAGUGGUCUCUAUACCGGCAUAUCCGGCGCUGGUCUUAUGAUACACAAAAAUCAACGCUGGAUGCUGAGAGGCACCGUUUCGGCCGCCUUGCCACCUGUAAAUGGCACGGACACCGCAAAUAAGGCCCAUCAAUGCAAUAGACAUAAAUAUUUAAUUUAUACAGACGUUGCUAAGUUUAUUGAUUGGAUAAUGGCUUUUAUAAUCUAGGUAGUGCUAUCGUGUAAAAUAUAACUUCUAUACUUCUAUGCUAUAGUACAGUACAUACAUACAUAUACAACUAUAAUGCUCGAAUAUGA